CCUUGCGAGAGAGCGCUGCCGGAAGUAUCGCCUCGUCCCUUCUGCUUGAUGCUGGUCUUUUUUUUAAAAUUUUGCUGCUGGAACCCCCCAAAAGGGGGACCAUUUCGGGAUUCCCCUCCCCUCCGAUCCAGGCCAUAGAGAGCGGGAGUACCGUGAAAGCCGGACUGGACGUUUGGUCACCCGGAAGAAGAGAAAACUGGAAAUACCUAAUCAUGCAAUGGCUUUUGAAGACAUACCAAAAAAGGACUGGUAUAGCAUCCUGGGUGCAGAACCUUGUGAUAGUUUAAAAGAAUUGAAAAGGAAAUAUCAAAGGCUAAUAUUGUUGUAUCAUCCAGACAAACAGAGCACAGAUGUGCCAGCAGGAGAAGCAGAGGCACGCAUGCAGAGGUUCAUCGAAAUUGAUCGAGCAUGGAAAAUUCUAGGAAAUGAAGAGACAAAAAAAGAGUAUGACCUGCAGCGGCGUGAAUAUGAGUUAGAACAAGGAUGUCCAGUGGAUACUCAGAUUUCACUUGAAGAUAUGACCUGGAAUCACAAUGAUCGCUGUUAUUCUUUCACAUGCCGAUGUGGUGGAAAAUAUACUGUUUCCAAAAAUGAAGUUGAAGAUGUUUCAUUAGUAAGCUGUGAUACAUGUUCACUAGUUAUAGAAAUUAUUUGAUGUGCCUUCCAGGAAAUACAUCAAUGUGGGCUGGUAUUGUAAAUAGCUGGAAUAGUAAAGAAUAGCUCAAUCUCAAAUUGUUUCAUUGUUGCAUUCCAAAUGGUUGGAUGUGUGUGAAAAUUCUCAGAAGAAAAGGUAUGUGAUGAUAGUUUUUAGGCUCUCU